AUGGGCGCGCAGGACUCUGCCGCACCAUUUGCGGCCUACACGCUAACCUUGCUCUCGAGCUUCCCAUCUCAGGCGGAUGACAUUCGCAUGCGUCUGCUACUGUCAACGCCCGACCACAACCGAAACGACCCUUCGUCCUCUAUUGUAAAGUAUUUUUGGCGAGAGGUGAGCGGAACACGGCUCUUCACUGAGGUCCAGCACGGCGCAGAGACUCUCACAGUCAUGCACCAGUUGUCUCACCAGGACAUGUCAAAAGACGAUCAACAUAGCUGGACAUCCUUGCUCAUGUUCCUGGGUCUCUACAUAUUCGUGCUCCGGAUUAGCGAUGAUGACGACUUCUUCAGCCAGAUCCAAGCCUCACCUUUUCAAGACGCGCAGCCACUAUCCCAGGUCAGGAAAAGCAGCUUGGGCUUGGACGACUUGCUGUCGCUGACCACCUUCCUAAAAAACGCCAGCUACGUUCUACACUACCACGCCCAUAGGUUGCAGUCAUCACGGCCAAGUCAAAGCCUUCCCACGCCGGUAGCAGGAGUGGUAAAUCUCGAUGAACUCAGGACGCUCGUGACAACAGCGGUCAAGAUGCUCUACGAGAGGGAUUCUCGGAAGCAAUUCUUACCCCAAGGGCACUGGCUCAUGCCAACACAACUCCCACCGGGCGAACUCAGGGCGGCCGUGAUCAUGGAGGACCAACGUCGAGCUGCCGAAGAUGCAAGCUCCGAUGAGGACGAAGACUCCGCGUGGGAGGCAGAUCUUAGUCGCGUGCUCACAAACCCUUAUGCACGCGCUGAACGCAUGCGGCUCGAAAGACGCCGGAAAGCCAGGGACCAUCGUCUUGCGGAAUCGGGCCCCAAGCUGGAGGUCCUACGACACAUACCCUUUGUCGUUCCUUUCGACACCCGUGUCGAGAUCUUCCGCGAAUUCAUUCGCAAUGACAUAGCUUCAAGACAUCAAGUAGACGCUCGUGGUUUUGACGUCGGAGGCUUCCAGGCUAAGCACGAUGCUUCGAUCAGACGAGGGAGCCUGUUUGAGGACGCUUUUGAAAGCUUUUAUCCCAUAGCCGACGGCCUCAAGGACUUGAUUCGAAUCACGUUUGUCGACCAGUUCGGGGAGCCUGAGCCAGGAAUCGACGGCGGUGGCGUCACAAAGGAGUUCUUGACGAGCGUGACUAUGGAAGCAUUCGAGCGGGGAAACAUGUUUGUUUCAAACGAGAAAGGGUUAUUGUAUCCAGACCCCACGGCUGUUGAUGUUCUGCGUCAUAGCAUGAAGCAGCAUGAUCUGCCGGCAGACUCACAGGCCCAAGUGCUCAAGAAGAUGCUACAACGAUAUGAGUUUCUGGGUCGGAUUAUCGGCAAAUGCCUGUAUGAGGGCAUCCUGGUCGACCUCAUUUUUGCGGGAUUCUUCCUUCUCCAGUGGCCUUCCUCAGGGGAAAAGAACACUUACAAGGGGAGUGUAAAUGACUUGAAAGACAUGGACGAGGACCUUUACAGGGGACUCAUGCGUCUCAAAAAUUAUUCGGGGGACUUCUCGGAGCUGGACACUAACUUCACCAUCGAAGACCAAAUCACACCCAAAGGAGAGGCGACUCAGACAGUUACAAGGAACCUCAUCCCCAACGGAGAUCAAACCAGUGUUACCAUGGACAACCGCUUGUUGUACAUCUCGUACGUGGCACGCCAUCGCCUCGUUGCCCAGGGUGCAGCGCAGACCGCUGCUUUCCUACGCGGACUUCGCCAGAUCAUCAAGCCGCAUUGGUUGUCUAUGUUCAACCAAGUCGAGCUGCAGCGUCUUGUUGGCGGCGAUUCCACGGAAAUUGAUGUCGAGGAUCUGCGCCGGAACACGUACUGUAGUGGCGUAUACGAGAUCGGCGACGAUGGGCUCGAGCACCCUACAGUGGCGCUCUUCUGGAAGGUACUCAAGGAAGACUUUACGGAUGCACAACGACGAGACGUACUAAAAUCCGCCACCAUCUCGACUUCAAGGCGGAACAUACAGGCCGCUCGACCCGUCGCUGGCAUUCCACGACAUUUCGGCCGCCGAGAUUUCUGCACGACAAGGACACUGCGGAGCGUCGAAGACGACAGCAUUGACCCCGCCACGGUCGAGCGCGAAUCUGAUGAGGUGGAUGUCUGCAUUGUCGGGGGCGGGCCUGCCGGGCUCAGUGCGGCCAUUCGGCUGAAGCAGCUCGCGAACGAGGCCGGCAACGAGGACUUUAGGGUUCUCGUGCUGGAGAAGGCGGGCGACAUGGGCGCACACAUUGUCUCAGGCGCUGUGAUUCAGCCCUCGAGCAUCAACGAACUGAUCCCAGACUGGCUGGACGAAGACAACCCGAACCGAUUCGAGUAUGCGACACCAGCAGGGACGGACAGGAUGCGAUUCCUGACCAAGACGUCGGCGAUCCCUAUCCCUUCACCCCCCCAGAUGAGCAACCAUGGAAACUACAUUGUGAGCUUGAACCAGUUUGUCAAAUGGCUAGGCGAGAGGGCAGAGGAGAUUGGCGUCGAAGUAUACCCUGGGUUUGCGGCGGCUGAGGUCCUCUACGAUACAGAUGGCUCCGUCAAGGGCGUGGCGACGAACGACCUGGGCAUUGCACGGAACGGCAAAGCCAAGGAUACCUUUGAGCGUGGCAUGGAGUUCCACGCCAAGGUCACCAUGUUUGGCGAGGGCUGCCACGGCAGUCUGAGCAAGCAGGUUAUCAAGAAGUUCGACUUGCGGAGCGACAGCCAACAUCAGACAUACGGCUUAGGAAUCAAGGAGGUAUGGGAGGUUGACCCCGCCAAAUUUGAAAAGGGCUCGAUUGUCCACUCCAUGGGCUAUCCUCUAUCCAAGGACGUGUACGGCGGCUCGUGGAUGUAUCACUUUGGCGACAACCUGGUGUCGCUGGGUCUGGUCGUGUCGCUGGACUACCAGAAUCCGUGGAUGUCACCGUACCAAGAGUUCCAAAAGCUCAAGAUGCAUCCCCUGUUCCGCAAUGUCCUGGAAGGAGGGAAGUGCAUCUCAUAUGGCGCUCGCGCUCUGAUUGAGGGCGGCUUCCAAUCGAUCCCAAAAGUGGCCUUCCCCGGUGGCGCCUUGAUCGGCGACUCGGCGGGCUUCGUCAACGUGCCUAAGGUCAAAGGCACCCACAAUGCCAUGAAAUCCGGCAUGUUGGCCGCCGAGGCAGCCUGGACCGCCAUCGGCAAGAGCGAGGACGGCACCGUCUUCCUGUACGAUUACGAAGACAAGCUGCGCAAAUCGCCCAUCUGGUCUGAACUCAAAGAGGUCCGCAACAUGCGUCCGUCAUUCCACAACCCCCUCGGCCUCUACGGUGGAAUCCUGUACUCUGGUCUUGAGGCGUAUCUCCUAAAGGGCAGAACGCCAUGGACUUUGAAGCACAAGACGCCGGACCACGCUUCCACCAAGCCAGCCGAUAAGUUCCCCAAGAUUGAAUACGAAAAGCCCGACGGCAAGAUUACAUUUGACAUCUUGACCAGCGUGUCGCGGACAGGCACCAACCAUGAGGAGGACCAACCCGUGCAUCUGCAGGUCAGGGACUGGGACCAGCACAAGGACGAGACAUAUCCUCCCUAUCAAGGGUUGGAGAACCGUUUCUGCCCGGCUGGCGUCUACGAAUACGUCGAGGAUCCCUCCAAGAAGCAUGGCGUUCGAUUCCAGAUCAACGCCCAGAACUGCAUUCACUGCAAGACGUGCGAUAUCAAGGCGCCGCACCAGGAUAUCAACUGGCAGGUGCCACAGGGCGGGGAGGGACCCAAGUACUACAUGACAUAG